GUCUGUGUAAGCUCUGGAGUACAACUGUCAGUGAUGCUGAGUGAACGAACUCCCUCGUCAACUACAAGCUGGAACAAGUCAGGACAUGUCGCUCAAGAUACAAAUACCGGUCAACCUUUUACUUCUUCUUGGAGAAUAUCCUCGCGAGUAAAAGGUAAUCAUUAUGAAAACAAGGAUAUGCUUCUCUUUUAUGAAUAUGGCUCAAUAAGUCGGAAUUUGUAAUUAUUGCAGAGAGAAAACAGAUAACUGGGACGGCUUCUCAUAGAUGAUGCUCAUGUCAUCUCGGAUAAUUCUAGAACGCGCGAGUAUAGUAUAGUGCGAGUGUAGGAAAUGUAUCUUAAGAGACAUAUUACAGCCCAUAUUUUGAUUCGAUGACAGCAUAUUUUUGACAAGGGUUUUAUAGUUGUCAGCUUUUCCCAAGAAAUUAGUGACC